AUGGCCCAGAGACUUCCAAGCUUAGAUGAUCUCGGGGAACCCAGAGAAUUUGUCGGUCAAGCUGGAGGCUCCUUGGACGUGAUCUGUGACUAUAACAUCAAGUAUAAGUGGCACCGGAAGUGUUGGUGCCGAUACGUGCCCCAGAGCUUCCGUUGGAACCGUCUAGAAACCACUGAAGCAGAACAGGUGAUGAGGAGUGACCAGGUGACCAUCAGGGAUGACCAGAGUCAGAACAGGUUCACCUUGACCAUGAAGCAGCUCAGGGAUGAUGACACAGGCACAUACUUGUGUGGGAUUCAGGCGGAUACAUUUUCUCUGGUGCUCCCCAUCAGAGUGACCAUCAGCCCAGCUCCGACCUCAGCUCUGACCACCACCUCAAUGUCCACCAUGACCACCAUGACUACCGACACACCCACGACAACGGCCACCACAGAAGAGAUCACAGACGCCCUGAGUGUGACCAGGACCCUCUCCAACACCACGGCCAGAGCCCAGGAUUCUCCAUCUGGACCCAUUGGCAGCACUGAGUCCUGGAGGACCCACAGGAAGUUCAGGUCCCUGCUCAGCAUCAUCCACUUCCUGCUCCCAGUCUUCCUGAAGGUUCUCCUGCUGCUGGUUCUGAUGGGGGCCAUAGUCUGGGCUCAGCUGCUCUCAGGGGACCCCAAGAAGUUUUUGGUGAAGCUGGAAGAUCCUUGA